AUGGACUCGACCGACUCCUUUCUAUCAAGUCCCAAAUAUGGGUAUGACUUUGUCGUUUCAACCACCCAGGCAAGCAUCAACUCGGACCUUCUUCUUUUCCUGAGCGAGAGCCAGCAGCCCGUUCAAUUUCUCUGCUUUCUGGCCGAUGAGGAUGGGAACCCCACCAACAUGAUCAGUCUAGAGGACUUACUCAAACUCACGGACAACAUCAAUCCAUUUGAGAUCCCGGCAGGUACAGACUACAAUGACAAGAGUAUCCAAGCCCUUACCGCUGCCAGGUUCAUGGUGGGCAUUCAAAUCCAAAUUGGCUUGCCUCCCGGUGUUAUGCCUAAGAACCUGCCUGCAAUCGUUGACCUUGGGGACGACGCCAAGACCGUCACGUUCAACAUGUUUUGUUCGCAAUUUACCGUGAUCGAAAACACCCCUGGCAAUGGGUGGACUCAGGGGUCAUGGAAUGUCUGGAGCCAGCCCUCCGGAGAUCCGUGGUAUGUGCAAGCGAACGUCAACCUCGUCAUGAAAAGCCUUAAUGAGGAGUUGGACACACCCUACUUGAACAAUCAUCCAGAGCUCCAGGCUCAGCUGAAGGCUCAGCUGACGAAUCUGUCAGGCACAGCCUUCAGCCUUCAGCAGUUGCUGUUUGACCUGGAAAAUGCCGUCUUGCAGACCGUGUCCAGAUUUGAGGGCAUCCCCGCAGGCUCUCAGGCAGAAGGCAUACUGCAGCGUUUAUUUGUAUCCAUUUACAGCGAUAUUACAAACGACUUCGGACUGCCCCUGGUCUCAGUCGCUGUCGUUGCGACAACACCGGAUCCUUCCCAGCUGCAGAUGACCGAUUUUGAGAGGCAGGUCAGCCCUCUCAAAGACAGCAAUGGAGCUGUGAUUCCCAGCCCAAAUGCCCCUCGAACAUCUCUGAGAUUUCUUCAGUGGAAUUUUCAGUCUCAUCAACAGCGGUUUCUUCGAAUGACGCGACCCUGA